AUGGCCACAAAUGGAACAAAAGUAGCUGAUGGGCAAAUCUCCACAGAACUUAGUGAUGCCUCAAUUACUAAUGAUAAGCCGAAGACUCUAGUAGUGAAGGUGCAGAAGAAAAAAGGAGACAUUCCAGACAGAGAUGUCUGGAAGGGAAAAUUUGAUUUUCUUAUGUCUUGUGUUGGCUAUGCAAUUGGUUUGGGGAAUGUGUGGCGGUUCCCAUACCUAUGUGGGAAAAAUGGAGGAGGGGCAUUCCUGAUUCCUUAUUUCCUUACUUUAAUUUUCGCGGGAGUUCCCCUGUUUCUUUUGGAAUGCUCGCUUGGCCAGUUCACAUCCAUUGGAGGUCUUGGAGUCUGGAAGCUUGCGCCAAUGUUCAAAGGUGUGGGAUUAGCUGCUGCUGUUCUGUCCUUCUGGCUUAACAUUUACUACAUUGUGAUUAUUUCCUGGGCCAUAUAUUACUUAUAUAACUCUUUUACUACAAUUCUUCCAUGGAGUAACUGUGAUAAUCCCUGGAACACAAACCAAUGUUUCUCCAACUACAGCAUAGUAAAUAACACCAACAUGACAAGUGCUGUUGUGGAAUUUUGGGAGCGGAACAUGCACCAAAUGACAGAUGGUCUGGAAAAACCAGGCCAGAUUCGAUGGCCAUUAGCAAUUACUCUGGCAAUUGCCUGGGUUUUAGUAUAUUUCUGUAUCUGGAAAGGAGUAGGCUGGACUGGAAAGGUAGUAUAUUUCUCUGCCACAUAUCCAUACAUCAUGUUACUUAUCUUGUUCUUCCGUGGAGUAACAUUACCUGGAGCAAAAGAUGGCAUUUUAUUCUAUGUAACUCCUAAGUUUGAGAAGCUUUCAGACUCUGAGGUCUGGCUGGAUGCUGCCACACAGAUCUUUUUUUCCUAUGGUUUGGGUCUUGGCUCACUGAUUGCCCUUGGAAGUUACAACACAUUCAACAACAAUAUUUACAGGGAUUCCAUCAUAGUGUGCUGCAUAAACUCUUGCACAAGCAUGUUUGCUGGUUUUGUUAUUUUCUCCAUUGUUGGAUUUAUGGCUUAUGUAACUAAACGGCCUAUUGAAGAGGUUGCAAAAUCAGGUCCAGGACUUGCAUUUUUAGCUUAUCCAGAAGCUGUAACACAACUUCCCAUCUCUCCAUUGUGGGCAAUACUGUUCUUUUCUAUGUUGCUUAUGCUUGGAAUUGACAGUCAGUUCUGUACUGUUGAAGGAUUCAUAACAGCACUAGUGGAUGAAUUUCCAAAACUGUUACGCAAUCGAAGAGAAAUUUUCAUUGCUCUUGUGUGCAUUGUGUCAUACGUAAUAGGACUGUCUAAUAUUACUCAGGGUGGACUCUAUGUGUUCAAACUUUUUGACUAUUACUCAGCAAGUGGAAUGAGUCUUUUAUUUCUUGUGUUCUUUGAGUGUAUCUCCAUAUCCUGGUGUUAUGGUGUAAACCGCUUCUAUGACAAUAUCCAAGAGAUGGUUGGGUACAAGCCCUGCAUCUGGUGGAAGCUUUGUUGGUCUUUCUUUACUCCAAUCAUUGUGGCAGGUGUGUUCAUCUUCAGUGCUGUGCAAAUGACUCCUCUCACUUUGGGGAAUUAUGUUUUCCCCAAAUGGGGCCAAGGUGUUGGUUGGUUUAUGGCUCUCUCUUCUAUGGUGCUGAUUCCAGGCUACAUGGCAUAUAUGUUCCUUACUUUAAAAGGUUCCUUAAAACAGCGUAUCCAAGUAAUGAUUCAACCAAGUGAAGACAUUACUCAUCCUGAGAAUGGACCAGAACAAGCCCAACAGAGUAAUUCUGCAAACAAAGAAGCAUAUAUAUAA